CUCUGGACGAAGACCAGAUAACAGAGUAGCGAACAAUGAGGAUUUCGGUGAGUAUACUAGUGGUUGUGGCAUUGUCCAUGCUGGUGAGUUUUGCCGCCAGCAAGGAAGAUGUCAAAAAAGAGGUAGAGCCCUCACCAUCUGCCGACACAGCAGUGGAUGACAGUAAGAUCGAGAAGAAACAGGAGAAACGAGGACUCUACCAUUCAGAGGGUGACUACGGAGGUGGCUACGAUGGUCUCUUCGUCAGCCACGACUCCUCCAACUUCGGAGGUCACUCAAGCUACGGUGGUGAAUCGAGUUUCGGCGGACAUUCCGGUGGUCUCGAAGAUCACCAUCACGAGGCCAAGAUCAAGGAAAUAACCAUAGUGAAGAACAUCAAAGUUCCGUAUCCAGUUGAGAAGAAGGUUCACUAUCCAGUGGAAAAAGAAGUGCCUUAUCCAGUCAAGGUACACGUGCCCCAGCCCUAUCCAGUGGAGAAGAAGAUUCCAGUACCGGUAAAAGUUUACGUCAAGGUACCUGUGCACAUACCAGCUCCUUAUCCAGUUGAGAAAAAAGUGCUUUAUCCGGUGCACGUGCCAGUGGACAGGCCUGUACCUCACAAGGUUUAUAUACCAGCGCCUUAUCCAGUUGAGAAAAAGGUUCAUUAUCCAGUUAAAGUGCCUGUGCCACAGCCAUUCCCAGUGGAGAAGAAGGUGCCUUAUGCCGUCAAAGUACCGGUUCACGUACCCCAACCUUAUCCAGUUGAGAAAGCCGUGCCCUAUCCGGUAAAGGUACCUAUUGACAGGCCCUACCCAGUUCACGUUAUCAAGCCCUAUCCCGUACCUGUAGAGAAACACGUGCCCUAUCCUGUCGACAAGCCUGUCCCCUAUCCUGUCAAAGUUCACAUUGACAGGCCUGUACCCUAUCCCGUUGAGAAGCCCGUUCCAUAUCCCGUCAAGGUUCCCGUACCUGCACCCUAUCCCGUGGAAAAAGCUGUGCCCGUACCUGUUGAAAAACCCGUACCCUAUGCCGUCAAAGUCCCCGUAGAGAGACCAGUUCCUGUUCACAUCACCAAACACGUGCCCUAUCCCGUUGCCAAACCCGUACCUUAUCCCGUCAAAGUACCUGUACCCUAUCAUGUACAUCAUCAUGAGCAUCACGAGCCUGAACACCACGACUUCUCCGGUGGUGAUUACUCCGGGGGAGAGCACGGCGGCGAGAUCGAGUCCCACGGAUACUAAAGGGAAUCGUUGAUUUUGAUCUAUUUUUAAGUAGAUACUAAUGGAAAUUAUUUUGAUUGUUCUUUCAUCAUUCUUUCAAUGUGAGUGGAAUCCAAGGUGGAGUUGAAUCAUCAAUUCCGAUGAAUCACAAGAUUCAAGGAUCACAAUUGUGAUCAUGUGGUACCUUAUUAGAUAUCUCUCUGCACAAUUCAGGUAAAUCAAUGAAAAUUUAUCUUGCAGACAAUGGUAAUUGCCGCAACCGCAGUGAUUAUUCUGUUUUUUGUAUAUUUUUACCAGAUUUUUUAUUAAUAAAAAACCAAAGAUGGCA